UUGCGCUGCCAAAGUCAAAACUGGAGGACCUUAAACAUGGGCGAAACCCGACGGCUUUAAAGCCCGUUCUGGCGCGCGAUAGAAAAAGAGAGCGAGAGAGAGAGAGAGAUAGAGAGAGAGGGAGAGAGAGAGAGAGAGGGAGAGAGAGAGGAGAUCUGCGUUUAGGGUUUUGUUGAAAUCUCAGAAAUUUUGAUAAAAAGGUUAGUUGAGCGCGUUAUCCACGAAUAUCUACUGUUUUUGUCUGUUUGAUUUGUUAUUUUGAGCUUUAUUCGCAAAGAAGAAUUUGAAACAGGGAAAAAGAAAUGAUAAAUUUGGUGAGAUUGCUCUGGUAUUUAGCUAUUGUGUGUGAGAAAGAGAUGUGCCUCUUCUUGUUAUCAUGUGCAGGGAGCGAGUGCGAGAGAUUUGGGGAGAGUGAGCGAGCGUGGGUCUUUGAGCGAGCGAGCGAGGGAGCGAGGAAGAAGAGGAGGAGAGAGUGAUAUACUUUUUCACUUUUAGGGUUCAAUUUCUCUGCCUUACCUGCGCCCAUUCAUCAUGGAUCGGAAGCUGGUGGUUCUUGGCAUUCCAUGGGACGUCGAUACAGAAGGGCUAAGAGAAUACAUGAGCAAAUUUGGGGAGUUGGAGGAUUGUAUUGUUAUGAAGGUUAUGCAAUAUGCUGUAUGUUGAUCCCUUCUUCCAUCAUCUCCUCCAUUGCGGAGAGGUCAACUGGUCGGUCUCGUGGUUUUGGAUAUGUGACAUUUGCAACCGACGAAGAUGCUAAGAAUGCACUAUCAAGCGAGCACUUUCUUGGCAACAGAAUGAUGGAAGUCAAAGUUGCCACACCUAAAGAGGAGAUGAGAGCACCUCCUAAGAGAGUCACAAGGAUUUUUGUUGCAAGGAUCUCACAAACUGUGACUGAGGCUGCCUUCCGCAGUCAUUUUGAGAAAUAUGGAGAGAUAACAGAUCUUUACAUGCCAAAGGACCAGGGAUCAAAAACCCAUCGCGGAAUAGGUUUCAUCACUUUUGCAAGUUCAGAUUCUGUGGAAAAUUUGAUGGCUGAUACUCAUGAAUUAGGAGGUUCUAAUGUGGUUGUUGAUAGAGCAACCCCCAAGGAUGAUGAUUUCAGGCCCAUAGGGAAAAUGCCGCAGGGGGGUGGUGGGGGUGGGGGUGGAUAUGGUGCAUACAAUGCUUAUAUUUCUGCCGCAACAAGAUAUGCAGCUCUUGGUGCUCCUACCUUAUAUGACCACCCAGGCUCAGUUUAUGGGAGAAGGGAAUUUCGAGGGAUGGGAAAAAAGAUUUUUGUUGGUAGGCUCCCACAAGAAGCAUCUGCUGAUGAUCUCCGCCAGUACUUUGGUAGAUUUGGUCGUAUAUUGGAUGUCUAUGUUCCAAAGGAUCCUAAAAGAUCUGGCCAUCGAGGUUUUGGUUUUGUAACUUUUGCUGAAGAUGGUGUAGCAGAUCGUGUAUCUCGAAGAUCUCAUGAAAUUUGUGGACAACAGGUUGCUAUUGAUUCAGCCACACCUCUUGAUGAUGCUGGAGCUGGAGCUGGAGCAUCUGGAGCCAGUGGAACUUUUAUGAUGAAUAGUGCUGCCGAUUCUUUUGGCGGCUAUGUGGGGCCUAUGAGGACUUAUGGAAGGAUGUAUGGAAGCCUGGACUUCGAUGAUUGGGGCUAUGGAAUUGGUGGUGGAAGACCAUCUAGAGCAGACUGGAGGUAUAGGCCAUACUAAAGAGAGUAGACCACCUUCAUUCUUAUAAAUAAAUCAACAGAAAUGAAUUCCUCGGCCCUAUUUAUGAGCAACAUAUUCGGAGUUUUGGCCUUUGUAGAGUAAUCUUUGGAUGUAUGUUUAUUGCAUUCUUUCCUUUGUUUUUUUUUUUUUUUGUUUCUUAACUGAAACGCGUUGGAUUCUAGGUCUCAGGGUUUUGGAGGGUAGGUUGGUUGUUUGUUUGUACCCUUGGUUAGAAGUUAUUAGUUAGUUGUAUUCUUCUCUAACUCUGCUUUAAGAAAACUCAUUUUACGAAUUUUUUUUAGAAUGGUUUGGGCUUCCACCGGCAAUUAAUUAUAUUCAUGAGGCAUCCAAUGCCACAUAACAGUGACUACUAA